ACGCGGGCCCUUCCGGCGGGCUCGCAGCGCCUCGCCCCGCCGCCGCCUCCGCCUCCCCCGCUCGCCGCCCGCCGCCGCCCGGCGCCUCCAUCCUGGUACUUGGGAGUCUCCAUCCUGGUUUCUCAAGUGCCCGGACCCAAAACAGGAAGUUUGAGUAUGAGCACAGUUGAAGAAGAGUCUGACACAGUGACAGUAGAAACCGUGAACUCUGUGACUUUGACUCAGGAUACUGAAGGGAACCUAAUUCUUCAUUGCCCUCAAAAUGAAGCUGAUGAAGUAGACUCUGAAGACAGCUCUGAACCUCCACACAAGAGGCUUUGCUUAUCAGAGGAUGAUCAAAGCCUUGAUGAUUCUACUCCAUGCAUUUCUGUUGUUGCAGUUCCAAUUUCAGAAAAUGAUCAGAGCUUUGAGGUGACCAUGACUGCUACCGCUGAGGUAGCUGAAGAUGAGAUUAAUGAAGGAACUGUUACCCAGAUUCAGAUUCUUCAGAAUGAGCAGUUGGAUGAAAUCUCCCCAAUGGGCAAUGAAGAAGUAUCAGCUGUUAGUCAAGCCUGGUUCACAACCAAAGAGGAUAAGGAUUCUCUAACCAAUAAAGGCCAUAAGUGGAAGCAAGGGAUGUGGUCAAAGGAAGAAAUUGACAUUUUGAUGAGUAACAUUGAGCGUUAUUUAAAGGCCCGUGGGAUAAAAGAUGCCACUGAAAUUAUAUUUGAAAUGUCAAAAGAUGAAAGAAAAGAUUUCUACAGGACAAUAGCUUGGGGUCUGAAUCGGCCUCUCUUUGCUGUCUAUAGAAGAGUUCUUCGCAUGUAUGAUGACAGAAACCAUGUUGGAAAGUAUACUCCUGAGGAAAUUGAAAAGCUUAAAGAGCUGAGAGUAAAGCAUGGUAAUGACUGGGCCACAAUAGGAGCUGCCCUGGGGAGAAGUGCUUCAUCUGUAAAGGAUCGAUGUAGACUGAUGAAGGAUACCUGCAACACAGGAAAGUGGACAGAGAAAGAAGAGAAAAGACUGGCAGAAGUAGUGCACGAGCUGACAAGCACAGAGCCGGGUGACAUUGUCACACAAGGUGUGUCGUGGGCUGCGGUGGCAGAGCGGGUUGGGACGCGCUCGGAGAAGCAGUGCCGCUCUAAAUGGCUCAACUAUCUCAACUGGAAACAAAGUGGAGGCACCGAGUGGACCAAGGAGGAUGAAAUAAAUCUCAUCUUGAGGAUAGCGGAACUGGAAGUUUCUGAUGAAAAUGACAUCAACUGGGACUUACUGGCUGAGGGAUGGAGUAGUGUCCGCUCCCCGCAGUGGCUUCGGAGUAAAUGGUGGACCAUUAAAAGACAGAUUGCAAACCACAAAGAUGUUUCAUUCCCUGUGCUGAUAAAGGGUCUUAAACAGCUCCACGAGAACCAAAAAAACAAUCCAGGGCACCAGCUUCCAGAGAACAAAUGUGGCAGUGGCUUGGCAAACACUAACUCCAGCUCGGGGGUGCAGCACGUGCAGAUCCGGGUGGCUCGCUUGGAGGAGAGCACGGGCAGUGCCCCGAGCCCCAUGGCAGCUCUGCAGAUCCCAGUGCAGAUCACCCACGUCUCCUCAACCGAUUCCCCUGCCGCUGCUGUUGACUCCGAGACAAUAACACUGAACAGUGGAACACUACAGACCUUUGAGAUUCUUCCAUCUUUCCACCUCCAGCCCACUGGGACACCAGGUACCUACUUACUGCAGACAAGCUCGAGCCAAGGCCUCCCUUUAACGCUGACGACGAGUCCCACCAUGACCCUGACAGCCGCGGCAGCUCCGGCCUCCCCGGAGCAGAUCAUCGUUCACGCCUUAUCUCCAGAGCAUUUGUUAAACACAAGUGACAACGUCACAGUGCAGUGCCACACGCCGAGUGUCAUAAUCCGCACCGUUGCUGCCGAAGACAUCUCCUCCUCUGUCACCCAGACAGAACUGACUGUGGAUGCAGACAUUCAGUCAGCUGACCUGACAGAUCCUCCAGACACCCUAGGAACAAAUACUUUCCCACAUGAUAUCCAUCAGUCCAAGCUGAGUGACGAAGAGCAGUCAGCCUACAACGAAGAUGAUGCUUCCAAAUUUAGCAGCAGGAAUAGUAGAGAACUGAUGGAUGGAGUUAUGGUAAGAACAGAGGAGGAGAUUGCUGAUGCUAGCCUGAAACAGAAUGAGGAUUCUCACUCUGAUUUACCCAGCACUUACGUUACUGAGGAUCUGGGUUCCCCAACAAUAGAAGAACAAGUUGAUCAGCCUACAAUAGAUGAUGAGACUGUGCUUAUUGUUCCUUCUUCCCAUGGUUUUAUCCAGGCAACGGACGAUAUCGACAGUGAAUCAGUAUUGCCCUUGACAACUCUCACAGAUCCUAUCCUACAACAUCAUGGAGAUGGGUCACACAUUAUUGGCUCAUCGUUGGGCAGUCCUGACUCAGAAGAUUCAAAGGAUGUUGAGGAUUUAGUGAGCUGUCACUGAGAAGCACCAGUGGUGUCCAUUUCCUAUGACCAUGUUUGCAUUGUGAAGUUAGUUACAACCCUGUGCCACGUUUCCAAAGAAAGCAGUCACAGUCUGUCUCUUUGAACAGAAGCUUCCAGUGUGAAAUGACUAUGGUGCACUUUCUCUGCUCAGGCUGUUUCCCUCAUCCAGGAGGGAGGACUGAGCUGCCAGCCGAGGCCUGAGGUGCCACGUCUCACUGGGGUGUUCCAGUGUGCUGAAGAGCCUCUGUUGCAGUGCUCACAGUGCUCAGAUCCAUCCAGUCAGUUCUGAUCUGACUUGUUACUGAUGUGCUGAACUGCACACGUGGAAAACUGGACAGAAGUCAAGGAUUGUGGACUGCAGCCUCUUAGUGCCGCAGCAAGUAGUAGUUUGCACAGGUUUCAUGAAGAAUGGGUGAGGAUUUUUGCACUUACUGACUCUUGUAAUACAUGGAGUAAGAGACUGUUACAUUUCAGGAAGGAGUAAGUUCCAUCAGAGACUUCAGGGAGCAUGGGCAGCAUCGUGAAGCAGUGGGGUGUGUUCCCGUCUCACCUGACUCGUUCAUAUGUCUGUGGCAUAGGAAGAAGGCAGAAGCUUAUGGGACUUUCCUGGUCUGCUUGUUCCUGAGGAGUCCAUUGCUGGCAAUGGACAGAGCUCAGAAGGAUCACUUGUGGAAAAUCUUUUCUUGGUUUUUUUUUUUUUCUCUCAUCACUACAGCAAGCUAAAUAAAAAGGGAAGGGCUAUGAGAAAGGGAAGCUACUGGGACCCACCGGCCUCCCCCAACAAGCUUGGAAUUUUUUGGACAUUGUUGUGAGUAGGUUGGAAUGUUUGUUGCUGUUUACCUGACACUACCAGCCACCUCUCCAGACGUGAUUUCUGCAGCAAGUUAGUAAAUGGGGAGUGGUGUGAGGGUGGCAAAGUCUUGGAAAAAUAGCUCUGUGAGAGUCUGGACAUAGGGCCUCAGGGCAAAGAAGGCCAAUUAAUUCCUACAUUGUUUGAAACAGACACUAGGCUGAACAGCAGCCUAUUAGCUAGGAAUCAAGAGAAAAAGCUAUAGAAACUAAAGACUUGUAUAAAUUAUUUUAUUUAUUUCUGUAAUUAGCUCUUCAUAAUCAAGAGUUGGUCUUUUUCAGUCUGUGGUUUUGUUAAUGUGAAAAAUAAGUUGUAGUUUUAAAUGGUUGCCUAGGGAACAGAAAUAAUUGUAUAUUCAGUUUCAACAAAAUAAAGAGUAUUUGUCUUACUUGACUGUAAGAUGCCAUUUAUUUAUACUGCCACAGAUCCUUUCAGUGCUGCAGUUUAUUUGUACAGUAAUAAAAAAAAGUGCAGUUUUUUCCAAAAUGAAAAAGCUUGUGCCAUUCUGAAACAUCAGUACAACUGGAAUGUUCAUUAAGCGCAACAGUAGCUCUUCAAAAAAAAGCAGAAUGUCACGUCUUAUGGCAAUAAUUCUCCCCAACAAGAGGGACAUUACAUAUACAUUUACAUGAAAAUCAUGUACUGAUUUAUCCUUGCACAACCCACUUCUUUCCUCUCAGGCUGGUGGUUCUCACUUAAAUGUCUCGAGUAGAGCUGAGAGCUGAGCUGGAAGCAGUCUGACACAGCAGCAUCAUUGCUGGGUAUUCC